AUGUUCAACAAAAUUCUGCUGUUGUCUCUUCAAAUAAAUCUCCUAGGAACCACGCUUGGCGGGAACAUUCUGAUCUGGCCAAUGGAAGGUAGUCACUGGCUAAAUAUUAAGAUAAUCAUAGAUGAGCUAAUUACGAAACAGCAUAAUGUGACUGUUCUAGUUGCCUCUGGUGCACUUUUCAUCACCCCAUCAGUUAGCCCAUCUCUGAAAUUUGAAAGGUAUAAAGUACCCUUCAGCAAAGAAACUAUAGAAGGAAUGAUCAAGAAUUUUGUUUUGACUUGGCUGGAACAUAGACCAUCUCCUUCAACCCUUUGGAGAUUCUAUCAGGAGAUGACCAAAGUCAUAGAGGACUUCCAUAUGGUGUCCAGAGAUAUUUGUGAUGGUGUUCUUAAAAAUGAAAAGCUGAUGGAAAAGCUGAAGAAAGGCAAUUUUGAAGUUCUGGUGUCAGAUCCAGUAUUUCCUUGUGGUGAUAUAGUAGCUUUAAAACUGGGAAUUCCAUUUAUUUAUUCUUUGAGGUUUUCUCCAGCCUCAACAGUGGAAAAGCACUGUGGUAAAGUUCCAUACCCUCCUUCCUAUGUUCCUGCUAUUUUAUCAGAACUCUCCGACAGAAUGUCUUUUGCUGACAGAGUAAGGAAUUUUAUCUCCUACCAUCUACAGGACUACAUGUUUGAAACUCUUUGGAAAUCAUGGGAUUCCUACUAUAGUAAUGCUUUAGAUUGUAGCCAUUGGUUAAAUAUUAAGAUUAUAAUAGAAGAGUUGAUUCAAAGAAAUCACAGUGUCACCGUACUGGCUUCAUCAGAAACUCUGCUCAUCAACUCCAGUCCUAAUUUUCCUGUGAAGUUUGAAGAGAUACCUGUUUCUUAUAAGACAAGAAAUCUAGACUCCAUAAUUGAACAUAUGAUAAUGCUGUGGAUAAACCACAGACCAACUCCUUUCACAAUGUGGACUUUCUACAAAGAACUAGGAAAACUCCUAGAUACUUUUUUCCAAAUUAAUAUACAAAUCUGUGAUGGUGUAUUAAACAACCCUUCAUUAAUGGCAAGACUUCAGAACGGUGGUUUUGAUGUGUUGGUAGCAGACCCAGUUACAAUCUGUGGUGACCUUGUUGCUCUCAAAUUAGGAAUCCCAUUUAUGUACACAUUAAGGUUUUCUCCAGCCUCAACAGUGGAGAGAAACUGUGGGAAAAUCCCUGCACCAGUGUCCUAUGUUCCUGCAGCCUUGUCAGAGCUCACUGACCAGAUGACCUUUGGUGAAAGGGUUAGAAAUACAUUAUCUUAUUAUCUACAAGACUAUAUAUUUCAAUCCUACUGGGGAGAAUGGAAUUCAUACUACAGCAAAGUACUAGGAAGACCCACUACAUUAUGUGAGACUAUGGGCAAAGCUGAAAUUUGGCUAAUCCGGACAUAUUGGGAUUUUGAAUUUCCUCGUCCAUACUUACCUAAUUUUGAGUUUGUUGGAGGAUUGCACUGUAAACCUGCCAAACCUUUACCUAAGGUCUUAUGGAGAUACCAAGGAAAGAAACCAGCCACAUUAGGAGCCAAUACUCGAAUUUUUGAUUGGCUACCUCAGAAUGACCUUCUUGGUCAUCCUAAAACCAAAGCUUUUAUCACUCAUGGUGGAACUAAUGGGAUCUAUGAAGCUAUUUAUCAUGGGAUCCCUAUGGUGGGAAUCCCCAUGUUUGCUGAUCAACCUGAUAACAUCGCUCACAUGAGGGCCAAAGGAGCAGCUGUGGAGGUGAACUUCAACACAAUGACAAGUGCGGAUUUGCUCAGUGCUUUGAGAACAGUCAUUAAUGACCCUUCUUAUAAAGAAAAUGCCAUGAGGUUAUCAAGAAUUCAUCAUGAUCAGCCUGUAAAGCCCCUGGACCGAGCUGUCUUCUGGAUCGAGUUUGUCAUGCGCCACAAAGGAGCCAAGCACCUACGGCCAGCCUCCCAUGACCUCACCUGGUUCCAGUACCACUCUUUAGAUGUGAUUGGAUUCUUGCUGGCCUGUGUGACGACUGUUAUAUUCAUGGUCACAAAAUGUUGUUUGUUUUCUUGUAAAAAAAUUGGAAAGACAGGAAAGAAGAAAAAAAGGGAAUAG